AUGCCUAUGUUGAAAGAUUUGCUGCGGUUGAUGGAUGCAAAGAUUUUUAAACCUGAGAAUGAUACUCAUGAAAAGAUUAGCCCAAUCAGGUUGUUGGAAUUGCAGGCGGCCCGAAUAAAGCGACUGCUCUUAGCUUUCAUGAUCAGCUCACAAAUAACAUGCGGCAUGUGGGCUCUGAAACCAUUGUUCGACGAUGCUGAUAGGAAGUUUCCUUUCGACAUGUGGAUGCCAGUAAGCCCAGAAGAUGCCGUGCAGUACUACAUCGGGUACGCCUUCCAGCUGGGAACAAUCUGCAUCAGCGCCUACAUGUAUUUUGGCGUGGACAGCGUCACUUUUUCUUCAGUCAUCUUCGGAUGCGCCCAAAUAGAUAUCAUCAAAGACAAGCUUAUGAGUAGUGAAGAUCUGCACAGGGUGCUGUACAAGUGUUACUGGUAUGAACAGGACGUCAAGUUUAAGAGAGAUCUCUGUUUCGCCAUGAUGCGCAUCAGCCGUCCUCUGUUUCUUCGUGCUGGGCAUUACAUUAUCCUGUCGCGACAAACUUUUGUAGCAGUUGAUCCUUCGUAUGUCCUAUUCUUACUUCGCAGUUUUGAAUCAAGCUCAGUAAGAAAGCGAGACGAGGCGAAGAAUUUUAGCAGCUCAAGCUCUGAAGAUAAAGCGGUUAUGUUUGUUCUUCCUGACGAGUGCCACGACCACUUGAUGCCAGUAACCCCAUUGAAGUCACCAGACUAUGAGCUUGGCUACUUGUAUCAGAUGGUCAGCAUCUACAUUAGCGCUUUCCUCUUCAUAUCAGUGGACAGCGUCGCAGUGUGUAUGAUCAUGUUCGGUUGUGCAGAACUCGAGAUUAUUAUGGAUAAGAUUCAAAAGAUACAAAGUAUAUUCGAUUCAAAUCAGUCAGACGAGGGUCGAAAGGAGGUUAUCAAAAUGAAUAACAAGUUACUAGAUGAAUGUAUUAAGCAGCAUCAGAUGGUUGGAAGACUUAUUCAACUGUGUGAAGACACAUAUCACGCGAAUAUCUUCUUCCAACUAAGCGGUACCGUUGCUAUUAUCUGCAACAUUGGUCUGAGGAUUUCAAUUGUGGAAAAGAACAGUGUGCAGUUCUUCUCAAUGUUGAACUAUAUGGUCACGAUGCUGUCUCAGCUGUUCCUGUACUGCUGGUGUGGCCACGAGCUUACUAUAAGGAGCGAAAAUCUCCGGGAAUGGUUGUACCAAUGUCCGUGGUACGAGCAAGAUACCAAGUUCAAGAGAUCUCUGUUCAUUGCCAUGGAGCGUAUGAAGAAACCAAUCAUUUUUAAAGCGGGACACUAUAUAUCUCUGUCUCGACCUACCUUUGUGGCGAUUCUGCGCUGUUCAUACUCAUACUUCGCAGUUCUAAACCGGGUGAACACGGAAUAA